AGAGAGAGAGAGAGAGAGAGAGAGAGUCUCCAGCAGAAAGCAGCAUCAGUCUGAGGAUCCGUCACACACAGCAGAGAGGCUCUCGUCUGCUCCGUCUAUGGGCCGGCGUUCCUGGACUCUAGAUCUGCUCCGUCUCUGACCACACACUCGUCCAGGAUGAGCUGUAAGGUGGCGCUGUGGCUGCUGUUCACCGGUCUGCUGUGUCUCGCCUCCGCCGGCCGUAAGACCCGUCCGCAGGGAUCCAUCCCAUCACCCUACAAGACCAACUCCAACACCUCCGACCGGCGCGCACGCAAACAGGAAGUGCUGGCCUCCAGCCAGGAAGCUCUGGUGGUGACAGAGCGCAAGUACCUGAAGAGCGACUGGUGCAAGACACAGCCGCUGCGGCAGACGGUCAGUCAGGAGGGAUGCAAGAGCCGCACCGUCAUCAACCGCUUCUGCUACGGCCAGUGCAACUCCUUCUACAUCCCUCGGCACGUCAGGAAAGAGCAGGAGUCCUUCCAGUCAUGUGCCUUCUGCAGGCCGCAGCGUUUCACCAGCCUCACCGUGGAGCUCGACUGCCCCGACCUGCAGCCGAACGUCCGCUACCGCAAGAUCCAGCGCGUCAAACAGUGCCGCUGCAUGUCUGUCAGCGUGUCCGAGUCUGGGAAACAGUGAGAUCCUGACCACGUUUCACUGGAAACACCUGCUGCUAAUCUGAGCUGAGAGACUGCAAGGCUUCAGCACGUCAUCUUAAGACUGUCCUGAUGGACACUGUCUUCACUGGUCACUAUCAGUCAUCGUUAUACACUAUUGGUCCCCGUUGGUCACUGUUGGUCUCCAUCCAUUACUGUUGGUCAAUAUGAUCAUCAUCAUUGGACACUAUUGGUCACCACUGGUCACUGUCAGUCAUCAUUGGUCAUCAAGGUCAUUAUCGGUCAAUAGAGCGUGUGUGGAAUCUGAAUGAGGUGCGAGAGAUGACUCUACACUGAACUCUAAAGAGCUGCUGAUCACUGAUAGUUAACACCAAACAUGCAUAACUAGACUGAUUAUAGAGAUUCUAUAGAAAUAUGGUACAGCAAAAGUAUAUAUAUAUGUAGAGAAACAACUUAAGUCUAUAUUAAAACUAUUGAGUUCUAUUCUCGUCUUCUGUUUUUUUAGGGGUUCAGUCUGGUUUAUCUAAAGCUGACAUGGGAAGAUUAGCCUUUAUGUGGUUUAAUGCGGUUGGAUUUUAUCCCUUGGUUAGCAGUUAUUUUGCAGUAGGGGCUUGAUUUGCAGCAUUUACACAUUAUUAUGUUUGAGAACCUCAGUAAUCAGUUCAACGCAGAUCCAAUGCACAUCUGCAGAUCUGUGAGGAA